AGUGUAGCCCCAUCAGUGCCACCUGUCAGUGCCCAUCAAUGCCACCUGUUAGUGCCAAUCAAUGCCACAUAUAAGUGCCUACCGGUGCACACCAAUGCCACAUAUCAGUGACCAUCUGAGCUGCCUUUCAGUGCCACCUAUCAAUGCCAGUCAGUGCCACCUAUCAGUGCUGCCAAUCAUCAGUGCCCAUCAGUGCCACCUACCAGUGCCUCAUCAGUGCCGCCUAUCAGUGCCCAUCACAGCAGCCUCAUUAGCGCACAUCAGUGAAGGAGAAAAAUCACUUAUUUACAAAAUUUUAUAA